CACGGCACAAACCUAGUACUAAACUUUCAAUGUUCUUUAAAGCCUUGUUUCCUUUCAUUGAUUUGGUGACAUCCACCCCAUAACCAGCUUCCACCCCUCUAUACUAUUAUAUAUACUUCUAUAUCCCUUCUCUUUUAUUCAUUCACUCUACUUUUAAAUUCAUCAAUAUGAAGCUUCCAUUUGCAUUACUCUUUCUCUGCCUUCUCCUCAGCUCCUCAUUGGAUAUCUCAUUAGCUGGUUCUACUUUCUGUGACACGAGGUGUGGUGAAAGGUGCUCCAAAGCUUCGUUUCAAGACAGAUGCUUGAAGUACUGUGGGAUCUGCUGUGAGAAAUGUAACUGUGUGCCCUCUGGGACUUAUGGGAACAAAGAUGAGUGUCCUUGUUACAGAGACAUGAAGAAUUCAAAAGGCCAAGGAAAAUGCCCUUAAUUCCACAAUUCAUGUUUACUUAUGUCAUGUCAAACUACGUUGCUAUUUUUUUUCUCGUUUCCUCUUAUAAGAGGUAAUUUUUUCGAGAUAUAUCAUAACACUAAAUUAAGUAUCUCUUGACGGAAAUUUGAAUUUAAAUUCACUA